GAGCCUGGACUGGAGUCACGUGAUUGCGGUCGGCGGCGAUGUCUCUGCCAUUGCUCUGUGGGGGCAGAGUAGUGCGCGGGGCACUUCCGGGGCAGCUGCCCCUCCAGAUAUGAGCUCCCAACCUUCCUGGAUGGCUGCAAGAUAAGUUGGGCUUUGCAGCAUGCCUGGAAUGGUGCCAAAUCUAGGCAGCGGUGGACCAAGGAGGGAAGCAAAUUCCCGAGCCAAGGGCCUCGAAUGGGGAGUUCCCUUCUUAUUCCUGAGCUACCAAAGAUUUUGGAGGAGCACUGAAUGUAGUAACCAUCUCUGAGGGGGACUAUCAUGGUGAAAUAUUGUGCAGCAUAUAACUGCAGUAAUGCAGACACAAAGUUAAAUCGGAAGCAGGGAAUAACUUUUCAUAGGUUUCCCAAGGAUAAUAAGAAAAAACAGCAGUGGGCCCAGGCAGUACAUCGGGCUGACCCUGUGAGUGGCAAACUCUGGACACCAUCUGAAUGGGAUAUGAUUUGUUCUCAACAUUUCAAUCCUGGCUGCUUCAAAGAAAUUAAUGGAAAGAAAUUUUUAAAAGAAGGGAGUUGUCCUUCUAUAUUUUCCUUUCCUGACAAUUUUCAGACCAGUACCUUUCCCAUUCACACUUAUGUGGACCAGGUCUCAACAUCUCUGUGGCAGCUUCUACAGUUUGCUGGGCUCUUUUCUAACGGUAAGCCUGAUCUGAUGCCUGUAGAAGCAGAUGUGAAGGAGAGAAUAGAUAAUUCUCUACGGAGAUCAGCAAAGAACUCCAAAUGUGCUGGCAUAUUUCGAGAAAAUCCUCCUCUCGAGGCAGAUCCCAGUGAAGUGUAUCUUACACCAGCCACGGUAAAGAAAACCGCGAACAACCCAAAAAGAUUAACAGAAAACUUCAGCUGUGUUCAUGAGGUAGACACCAGUGGGGUGUGUAAUACACAGGACACAGUAAUGACAGACCACCAUUACCAUAUCACAGCCAGUCCAAAAACUCUGAAGAGGAAAUUGGAUGAACUUUUAGCAGAGAAUCACAAGCUCAGAAGAAAAUUAAGAAAUGCUUCUGAUCAAGAAGAGAGACUCCAUAAAAAUGUGGAAAUCUUGUUGGACAAGCUGCACUCUAAAGACAUGUUGUCAAGGGAAAUAAUGUGAUUGCUAGAUCUGUGCAAAGGGCAUGGGCUGAAUGACAGGUCUUCUCUCCCACUGCACUCAGCUGUUGGAUAAGAAAUGUUCACUAAUGUUUAUUGCUAUACAUGUCAUUUUUGAACGUAUUUAUUAAAUAAAAAGAUGUAAACAUUACUGAAGUUUUCAUAUAAAAGCUAGAAACUUCAAAGUUAAGAUUGGCACUUGUGUUGUUCAGGGAGUGAAUGUCAGCCUUUUCCUUUAAUUCCCUGUCUCUUCUGCAUUUGUCCCACACGGUUAUUUUUUAGCUAUAUAGUUUCAUGGAGGGUGGAUGGGAGUUUUACUGCUUUAAAAAAAAAAAAAAAAAAAAAGUCUUCUGUAGACAUUUACUAAGUGGGUUGUAUUUACCUGAGAGAGCGCCAUGGCUUUUUGAAAUAAUACACUAGAAUGUUCCAAUAAAUAUUUAUAAAUUUCCCAAAACCUGAUAGAUUUCCUAACCUAUAGUCUGAUAAAUAUGUUGCAGCAUUUAUGAAAAUUUGUAUUGGUUCAUAUCUCUUUAUAUUUAACCAGUGUAUUAGACUAGUUUCAGAUAAAAUUUUUAAUGGCAAAAAGUUGAAAAGACCACAUUAUGAGACAUUUCUUUUGCAGCUCCUCCAAAACUUCUAGCAGUAAAAACCUUCACGACACCUCCAACCAUCACGGACUUUGCUUAGAGCACCUACUUUAUUCAUUGUUGUCUUUUCCCCCCUUCUCCAUCUUAUGUCACCUUUUAAGUGCAUUAAUUUCUAACAGCGCAAUGGUGUCAUUGCAACAGCCAUCCACCCAUGCACUAUAAAGUCAGCUUUACAUAAUAGUUUGAAAUACAUACUUUUUUUUGGAAGAUUGGCAUUUGCGUUAAUCAUAUUAAAUCUUAUGAUCACACAUAGUAACGUGUGUGUGUAUAUAUACACACACACACACACCUCUACCCCG